AUGACUCGUCCGAAAACGAAGUAUCGGUACUACCACGGUGAAAAGGACGUUGGCCGACCUUCGAGGAGCGCAUCGCCUGAAAAACAACCGAGAAGUCGAACAACUGUAGGAGAGCAACGACAGAGUUUCGACGAAGAGGGUACAAGUCCUGAUCUGAGUCCGUCGGGAUAUGUCGGCUCUUCUAGCAUUCUUUCUAUAUGUCCGAGAUUCUCGCCUGUCAUCUCUCGCAAACCAGCACAUCCUCGAGACAAGGACCCUUGGCCAUUUGAUGCCGUGAAGCAACAAUUCAGAAAGUUGUUGGCUUCUCCGGAACGUGUAGACCGACUCAUUACUCAAUAUUAUAAUAGCGGUCGUUUUACCGUCAUCCCGCGGCCUUUGGUUCUCGACCCGAUCUCCGCGCUUCUUCGCGAGUUGAUUGCGAGUCAGAAUGAAGAAGCGAUUUUGGAUCAUCAUUUUCAAAAUGCCAGACGAAAUCUACACAAGAGAUUCCCAUCCCUGUCGGCUCAUACCACAGUGCCUGACUUCCUUGGGUAUUUCACUGCUGAGAAUUUUCGACUAGAGUUUGUUGGCCUCAUAUUUGCUCUCGCUGGGGUCUCCGUUUUUUAUAGCCAGCAAAGCCUCGCUGCAGAAAUGUACACUGCCAGCAAGAUCUGCGUGGGAAUCUGUGAGGAAUACAAUCAGGUGAAUGAUCUUACAGUUUGGUCGCGGUUUAUGAACUUUAUUUUAGCAUCGAUUCUUUUUGGAGACGCAAACGAUGAAGAGGUCUUGCUUGAGAGCAGCCGACUUGAUGCGGCUUUGCAAGGCCUUGACCGGGAUGGGUGGAAGUGUCCUAACGGGAAGGAUAAGCCCAUCCGGCCAGCCAGUUUGAUUCGACUUCGGUACCAACAAGCUCACCUUCGCGACAAGAUUCUACGCCUGUCAUUGGGCAACAGGACCCAGACUUUCUCGGAGACUCUCUCGUAUGCCAUACUCACCAUUUACCAUGCCUUGCUAAUAGAUACGCAGGACUUUGUACGGAGAGUAUCAGGACGCGUGGUCAAAGGUUCCACCGCAAUACCGCUACAACGAAAGCGUCUGGGAAACAUCGAACCCGCAAUUAUGCGUGGCACUUUUAAUUGUUCAUCUGGACUAUCUUUACAGUGGAUUCUUGAUUGA